AUGCUACGCAUGCGCAGGAUCGCCCUGGUGUGCUGCUUCCUCUCCAUCUGCCUGGUUCUUAUCGUGCGUCUGCCCUCAAGAAACCUGCUCUCUGGGAUUCUCGAGGCAGACCCACAGGAUGCAGAGCGUAUUAUGAUGGAGAGGUAUGCCCACAGUCUUCAAUUCAAGGGUAAAGUCAGGAUAAAGUCACUGGCGACAGCCCUGGAAGACGACCGCAGCGAAGACAUCGAUAUGUUGCCCAGGCGUCUGACCAAGAAGGAGAGGAGUACAACCGUAUAUUACCCUCCUGCCUGUAAGAAUGGAAGACAUUGGCAGAUAUGCAAAAAGAUCGUGCCGAGCUUCAUGAUUGCUGGUGCAGAGCAUAGCGGAGCCAAUGUUCUUUACGAGGCCUUCCGGACCCAUCCCCAGGUCUGGGAUCUUGUCAAGUCGAACGAGAUGUAUGAGAGGACCGGAAACGCCUCAUUGCUGGAUGUUCCCGAUAGCGACGAGACACCCUUCUUUGGAUCCCAGAGCUAUAACGACCUCGACCCAGCGACGAAGAACCUCGAGUGGUAUCUACAGUAUUUCCCCUCGAUCAAGGACAUCCCAGUCAGUUCACAUAAUCCCGUUCUUUCUGGAGAGUCGCUUCCCCAUAUCCAACAUUAUGGGCUCAGCCACGUCAACAUGGAGCAUCAAGAUUCGCCCAACUACAAUGACCAAAAGAUUCUUGUUGGAGAGUGUGCGCCCAGUUAUCUUCAUAUGAAUGGUGCCAGCAAGAGGAUUGCGAGCACUAUGCCCGAGAUCAAGGUCGUCUUCAUCUUCCGCGAUCCCAUCGACCGCGCCUACCUCAAUUACCUGGAGCAGAAACAAUAUGCUGCGGGAUAUAGCUUUGAGGAGAUCGUUGCGGAGGAGCUGUUGAUUCUCAAGGAGUGUAUUGCGCGCCCAGGAAGCAAAAAGUGGACAGAGUUCUUGCGGUGCCAUUCAGAGGAAGCUACCAAAACUGCCAAGCGGAUGGGUCUUCCUAAUCGACCAAGGUCCAACAAUGCCAGAGAUCCCUCUGCUCCAUUGCUCAACCUGAUCGUCAAGGGUCUUUACUACUCUCAAUUGCACGAGUUCGUGAAGCACGUUCCGUUCACCAAGAUCUUGGUAUUAAGAACCGAGGAUCUUUACGACAGGAAAUCGACUGUCUCGACCAUGGUUCGGCUGUCGCACUUUUUGAACCUAGACCCAUCCCCCUUCAUGAACUUUCCAAUCGAGAUCGGGACCGACCCCAUGGCACCCUUGAGACACGGUGGCGCAGGAUUGAAGAUGUUUGGUGCUAAUGGAAUUAUUGUUCAGGAUGAGGACGAUCUUCUGGACUCGAACGAGGAUCCUGAAUUCGAGUAUGAGCACAAGGUAUCGAGCGGUUCAACGGGAUCUUCGUCAUCACACCCAGUCUUUUCGGAGCCACCACUGGAGCUGUCGACCCGGUUCCGCCUUCAGCGUGUCUUUGAGCCAUUCAAUCAGAAGCUGGUCGACAUGUUUGAGCAUCGACAGGAUUUCCCGGGAUGGGAAUACGAUGUCGAUCGCGGAUAA